AUGGAAUCGAGUGAAGUGAAAAAAUAUUCUUCCAAAUUUGAAAUAAAAGGCAUAUGUAUGAAUAGUGAAAAUUGUGAAAAAGUAUGUAAAAUAAGUUUGAAAGCAAUAAAAGAAAAUAAAUUUGAAAAAGAUAUAGCUUGUCAAAUAAAAACAAAAUGUGAAAAUGAUGAAAUAUUAAAUAAGGAUAAUUUAAAUGAUGAAGAUUAUUUAAAUGUUAUUGACAAUUUAAAAAAUCAAAACAUAGGUUCAUGGCAAUGUAUAGUAGGACAAAAUUUUGCUUUCUCUAUUAAUUAUCAGUUUAACUGUAUGAUUUACUUUCAACAUAGAUCUACUAAACUAAGCAUUUUGAUAUAUAAAUCGUUAUAA